AUGGGAACACCCACAUAUGCAGCUCCCAAAGAGCCGGACCUUAGUAUGAGUGAGCUUGAGCGGCAGAUGUUGCCUCGUGGCCGCAUCACAUACGCUCCCGAAACCGACUAUGUUCGGUUAGGGUCUACUCGCCGCAACAAAAACCAAUCCAGGUCGCUUUCACGGGACUCUAUCUCGAUCCAUACAGCACGCCGGAGUAUCGAUCCUGCCAUUGUCCUUCCACCAGCCUUUCGCACACUAUCAUUCGAGAUCGAAGAAGGCAAAAGACAGGUAGCCCUCGAGGAUGAAAAGAAGCGACGGGACCAGGCGGCUAGGAAGCCUGCGGAGAUCGAGUUCGGCGAGAUGGAUCAUCACAUCCUGUCUGUGGCUAACCUCUUCUUGCGGCUCAACACUUCUCGUGGUACUGGCUUGACAGCUGCUCAGGCAGCGCAGCAGCUCAAGACUGUCGGCAUGAAUGUGCCAUCCGCUCCGCCAUCGCGGUGGUUCAAGAAAACAUUCGUCUACCUCUAUGGUGGAUUCGGAUCGAUCCUGUUUAUCGCCGCUAUUCUGGUCUUUAUCGCUUGGAAGCCGCUUGGCCAACCACCUGCGCCCGCCAACCUUGCUCUCGCCAUCGUACUGGUCCUCGUCUGGGUUGCUCAAGCUGCGUUCACAUUCUGGCAAGACUUCUCCAGCUCGCGUGUCAUGGCCUCGAUCACUGAGAUGCUUCCAGACGAGUGCGUGGUCCUUCGCGACGGCUCACAGCAGCGCAUUGAUGGCAGAGAAAUUGUCCCUGGAGACAUACUUCGGAUUACUCUUGGCAAUCGCCUGCCAGCUGACGUCCGCUUCGUUGAGGUCUCCUCGGACGCUCGCUUUGACCGCUCGAUCCUGACUGGUGAGACUGUACCUCUUCUCGCAUCUGUCGAGAGCAGCGAUUCCAACUACCUGGAGACGGCGUGUAUCGGCAUGGCGGGAACACACUGCGUAUCUGGCAGCGGCUGGGGGCUGGUCCUGGAGACUGGAGAUCAAACCGUGUUCGGCCGCAUCGCAAAGCUCACCAACGCCCCGAAGCCUGGUCUCACCCCACUCCAGAAGGAGAUCCUCUACUUCGUCUGCAUCAUCGUUGGCUUGAUGUUGACGAUGAUUCUUGUGGUCAUCAUUGUUUGGGCAGCAUGGCUACGCAAGACACAUCCAGACUGGAUCUCGGUGCCAAGCUUGAUCGUGGAUUGUGUGUCCGUCGCCGUAGCUUUUAUCCCGGAGGGCCUGCCUAUCGCUGUCACGGCGUCUCUGACCAUAACGGCCAACAUUAUGAGACGCAACAAGGUCCUUUGCAAGAGCUUGAAGACCGUGGAGACGCUCGGUGCAGUCAAUGUCAUAUGCAGUGACAAGACUGGCACACUAACCAGGAAUAUCAUGGCCGUCACUGAAUGUUUGGUCGGCAAAGAGUCGUUACCAGUCAACAAAGCUUCGAGCGCGUUCGAGAACCAUGCUGGUUUGCAGAAGCUGGCAGCUGUGGCGUCCGUCUGCAAUGAUGCAGAGUUUGAUGCCUCUACGUUGACGGCGCAGAUUAUAGAUCGCAAAGUCAACGGCGACGCGACUGACUCUGCCAUCCUACGUUUCGCGGAAGGCAUGCACCCGGUACAACACACACGUGCUGCAUGGCGAUCACUGUUCAAGGUGGCUUUCAACAGUAAGAACAAGUUCGCCAUUAACGUUGCUCAAUCAGAGGCCCAAGUGACACCACUACUCACGAUUAAGGGUGCGCCAGACAUUCUGCUACCACGCUGCGGCUCGUACCUAAACACUGCUGGCUUUGUCGAGCGCCUGGAAGAGUCUGACCGCCUUGAGUUGGAAGCUAUCAAGGAUAAGUGGUCAUCUCAGGCACGUCGUGUCAUCUUACUUGCCCAAAAGCCACUAGAAGCACUUCAGUUCACACUCGACCAGCCGAGGGAGUACGAGCGUGAGGUUAUGGCCAAUGCUAUGAAUGAGCUGAUCCUGGUCGGUCUUAUCGCCAUCGUCGAUCCACCGAGACCUGAGAUACCAGAAGUCGUACGCAUCCUACGUGGUGCUGGGAUACGCAUCUUCAUGGUGACAGGCGACUUCAAGCUCACAGCUGCCGCCAUCGCUGCAGAAUGUGGCAUCAUUACGCAAGAGAAGAGACACGUCCACGAUGUGACCAACCUGGCCUUCGAAGAUGAGUAUCUGGAGAAGGCUGGCAUAGAAGCGAGCCACUCCUUCGACUCUGAGCGUGUAUACUCAAUUGUGCUCAGUGGAUCCGAUAUCGAGACUCUGGAUGAUCGCCAGUGGGAUAGACUGUGCAAGUACCACGAAGUCGUCUUCGCUAGAACCACGCCAGAACACAAGUUGCGCAUUGUGAAGGAGCUACAGAAGCGUGACCUUACUGUUGGCAUGACCGGCGACGGCGUGAACGAUGCACCCUCGCUCAAAGCCGCAGACGUUGGCAUUGCAAUGGGCGGUGGCUGUGAUGUCGCUCUCGAGGCAGCCGACAUGGUUCUGCUCGACUCGUUCGCUGCCGUGGUCGAGGCUGUCCGCUACGGUCGUGUCGUGUACGACAAUCUCAAGAAGACGAUCUGCUACCUCCUGCCCGCUGGCUCAUUCUCCGAGUUCUGGCCAGUCAUCACGAACGUCGUCUUCGGUCUACCUCAGAUCCUGUCAUCAUUCUUGAUGAUAAUCAUUUGCUGUUUCACCGACUGUGCUGCUGCAACUGCUAUAGCCUAUGAGAAGCCAGAAGCGGAUGUGCUCAACCGUCCGCCUCGCAAUGCUAAGAAGGACCGGCUUGUGGAUUGGAAGCUCAUUCUGCAAGCAUAUGGCUUCAUCGGGUUGUUCGAGACAACAUCAUCUUUCGCCAUGAGCUACUGGUAUGCCCAACGCAAUGGUAUUCCUUUCUCGAUGCUCUGGUUUGGCUUCUCAUCAGUGACGGACGAACAGCAGAAUCUGCUCAACACAGCCAGCUCGGUCUACUUCGUCAAUCUGGUCGUAAUGCAAUGGUUCGUGCUGUUCGCCAUCAGGACACGACGACUAUCCGUCCUCAAGCACAGCAUCAAUUGGUACCUCUUGCCAGCCAUUAUCUUCGCGCUACUGGUCGCGAUCCUUUUCUUGUACCCGGCUAAGUUCCAUGACGUGCUUGGCACGAGCACAGUGCCUGUGGAGCAUUGGUUCCUGCCGAUGGGCUUUGGCAUGGGCUUGUUGCUGCUUGAUGAGGUUCGGAAGGCGGUCGUGAGAAGAUACCCGGAAUGUAUGCUGGCAAAAGUUGCAUGGUAG